CAGGCCGGGGCGCGCGGCCGAGCGGGCGGCGGCGGCGGCGGCGGGGAGGGCUCGGCGGCGGGCAGGCUCGGGGCUCCCGGGCCGGCGGGGUCCGCCGGGGCCGGCAUCGUCCGCCCCGCGGCGGAAGGCGGGAGCGGCGUAGACAAAGAGCGGCAUCUGGGCGGGCGCAGCGCGGCCGCCGCCCCGGGUCCCGCGCCGCUGCCCUCCGGCUUCGGCGUGCGGUGUGCAGCGAGAGCCCAUAGGUCCCUCUCCUACGAGUACCACGCGGGCUUAUACUUCUCUGCUGAGGUCCCAGCUGACUCCAGAGCUUAGAGGAUCACUGCAGCUUUGUAACCUUCAAGGUGUCCUCAGCAGGAAAACAAAACAAAACAAAACAAAACUCAUCUUUUUGAAGAGUGCUACGUUUUGUCAGUCACCUCUUGCAAUUGUGUGCCAAAGAAAAGUCGUAGAGUGAUUUGUGCGGAGCAUUCUCGUAUACCCCUCUGCUGAAUUCUCCGAAGGACUCCAUGAAAGAUGACAGAAGAAGUCAUUGUCAUAGCCAAGUGGGACUACACGGCCCAGCAGGACCAGGAGCUCGACAUCCGGAAGAACGAGAGAUUGUGGCUGCUGGACGACUCCAAGACGUGGUGGCGGGUGAGGAACGCAGCCAACAGGACAGGCUACGUGCCGUCCAACUACGUGGAGCGCAAGAACAGCCUGAAGAAGGGCUCCCUGGUAAAGAAUCUCAAGGACACGCUAGGCCUCGGAAAGACACGCAGGAAGCCAAGCGCUAGAGAUGCAUCGCCAACGCCGAGCACUGAUGCGGAGUACCCAGCCAAUGGCAGCGGCGCCGACCGCAUCUACGACCUCAAUAUCCCUGCCUUUGUCAAGUUUGCCUACGUAGCUGAACGAGAGGAUGAGCUGUCCCUGGUGAAGGGCUCCCGUGUCACAGUUAUGGAGAAAUGCAGCGAUGGCUGGUGGCGCGGCAGCUUCAAUGGGCAAAUCGGCUGGUUCCCCUCCAACUACGUGCUGGAGGAGGCAGAUGAGGCGGCAGCCGAGGCCCCCAGCUUCCUGAGCCUUCGUCGGGGCGCCGCGAUGAGCAACGGGCAAGGCGCACGGGUGCUGCAUGUGGUGCAGACGCUGUACCCCUUCAGCUCGGUCACUGAGGAGGAGCUUAGCUUCGAGAAGGGGGAGACCAUGGAGGUGAUUGAGAAGCCCGAGAACGACCCUGAGUGGUGGAAAUGCAAAAAUGCCCGGGGCCAGGUGGGCCUGGUCCCCAAGAACUACGUGGUGGUCCUCAGUGACGGGCCUGCCCUGCACCCCACGCACACCCCGCAGAUCAGCUACACCGGGCCCUCAGCCAGCGGACGAUUCGCUGGGCGUGAGUGGUACUAUGGCAACGUGACGCGGCACCAGGCCGAGUGCGUGCUCAAUGAGCGGGGCGUCGAGGGCGACUUUCUCAUUAGGGACAGCGAGUCCUCGCCCAGUGACUUCUCUGUGUCUCUCAAAGCGUCAGGGAGGAACAAGCACUUCAAGGUGCAGCUGGUGGACAGCGUCUACUGCAUUGGGCAGCGGCGGUUCCAUAGCAUGGACGAGCUUGUGGAGCACUACAAGAAGGCCCCCAUCUUCACCAGCGAACACGGCGAGAAACUCUACCUCGUCCGGGCCCUGCAGUGAAGGCAGCCAUCGGCUUCUCUGUGCCCUGCCCACUGUGGCCCUCGCUGCCACCUCUGCCUCCCAGAGCCCAGCGCUGCCAGCCACCUCCACCCGUGCGGCCUGGGUCACCUCCACUCUGUAGCCCCGUCGGUUGACCAUAGCUACCCAGGUCCUCAGAGCCGUGCCCAUGGCCACCACCUUCGGGCCAUCUUCAGGUGGUUGAGGGUCAAAGGGAGCAAAGCUGCUCACUUUUUUCCUUUAUACUUGGAAGCAGUCUGUUUAAAUCCUUCUCACACACACACACACACACACACACACACACA